CUCGGCCUGUUCACUACAAGAUGACGCUCGUAUAAGCGCCUUACCAAGACGAUCCAUGCUCGGGACCCUACGCCUCCCGUCUGGGCCACUAGCUCGCCAGCCUUCGCGCAGCCUGCACCUGCUCUUCGGCGCGUGCGGCAUCCCGCACCCGAGCAAGGCGGCCAAGGGCGGCGAGGACGCCUUCUUCUGCGAUGAGGCCAAAGGCACAUUUGGAGUUGCGGACGGCGUGGGCGGCUCCGCGAGCGCCUUCGUCGACCCGGGCGAGUUCUCCCGUGCGCUGCUUCGCUCCUGCGACGAGCGGCUCGACGGCUCGUGCGAGGCGCUUCGGGCCGUCCUCGCAGGGACGGCGCAGCGGCUGCGUGAGGCGCCGGUGGCGGGGUCUUCGACGCUGCUGGUCGGUCAGCUUGAGCCGGAGGGCGCGACGCUGCGCCUCCUCAACAUCGGCGACUGCGGCGCGAUGCUGCUGCGGCCUGCGGCGCGCCGCUUCCGCGCGGGCGGGACGGUCGCCUGGCCUCGCGUGGUGCUGCGGACGACGGCAGGAGCAGACGCGCACCUCCAGGACCAGGCUCCUCUUCACACCUCUGCGGUGGCACAGGUGCUGCGGACGGCGGAGCAGACGCACUACUUCAACUGCCCGUACCAGCUCGACGGCGAGAUGGAGCAGGCGGCUGACGCGGACGAGGUACGCGCGACGGCGCGCGUAGGCGACGUGCUGCUCGUCGCGACGGACGGUGUGCUCGACAACCUCUUCGACUCGGCGCUGCAGAUGGAGGUUGCACGGAGGGUGCCGCAGCUACAGGCGGCAGACGAAGCCGCGGCGCGCGAAGCCGUCGACGCGCUCGCCGCCGCCAUCGGCGAGGCUGCCGCCGCCACGGGCGCGCGCGAGGACGAGGAGGGCCUGCCGACACCCUUCGCCGCGGCGGCGGCGCAGGAGGGGUACACUUUCCACGGCGGCAAGCGGGACGACGUCGCCGUGCUCGCUGGCGUGGUGCGGGCCGGGCCGCCGCCAGCGGGGCUGCGGCGGCGGCUCGGAAACCUCGAGUACGUCGACUCUUAUUAGUCCGGACGGUCACCCCGGUGCUAUAUGGGGCUAACUUGGCGUUUAUUCUUUAAUACCGAACACACCC